AUUCGUAAGGUUUCCUCCUCCCCGCAACAACAACACGGUCCUUUACCGCGAAAAGCGCGGUGCCUUUCCUCGAGGAAACUGGACCUCGCUAGAACCAUAAUGGCUACUGAUUCUUCUGUAGAUAAUGGUAGUUUGCAAUCAAAUAAUGAAUGUUUGUCCUCUGAAUAUGAGAAAGGUGCUGCCCAAGAGAUAAACAUCGAUCCAGUGAGCAAUAGCAAAGCCACUAAUGCUAGAAACACGGACGGAGAAAUGGAAAAAAGUCCCAGUGGCCCUGUAUUAAAAGCCCAGGACCACGCCGAAGUUGUUGCAGCCAAUGCUGCAGAUCCAGCCAUAAAGAUUAAAGUAGAACAAAUGGAGGAAGAUGAAUAUGUAGUUGUUCAUAUAGACGAGGACGAAGAAGGAAAUUUGGCUUAUAUUUCUAACGUUAACAGUGAAGGAGACUCGUCUGAGAGAGAUACAAGUACCGAAGGGGAUUGGCCAUUUCCCAGUGAAGAUUGCAGUGAGGCCUUUGGGAACAAGGAGGAUUACCUGGGGGAUCACAGCGAGCAUAUCCAUGAUGGUCCCAUAGUCUGCUUAGACACAGAUUCGCAGUGGGAUGACCUGCUCAUCUCGACCAACAGAGGCCAGAGAACAAUGUUCUGUGCUCUCUGUGGACAAAAGUUUUCAAGCUCAAAACGUUUUUUCAGCCAUCAACUGAUGCACCGCAGACAAGUCAUUACACGGGGGAUAGAUAAGGGGUCAGUUAGGCAUAAGCGUUUCGAAUGUAAGGAUUGUGGAAAAGCUUAUACCUCUAUUGGUCGUUGUCUCAAUCAUCAGCGUUCACAUAAACAGGCCUCAAAAUCAGUUUUCCACCAGUUGGCUAAUCUAAAGAAAAAGUCAUUUCAGUGCCCCACCUGUGGACGCUGUUAUUCUCGAGCUUCGGCUCUUGAUGCACAUCGCCGUUGUCAUGAGGUAAAGCUAGUGAAAUCCAAAAGCUGUGUAAAGGAGAAAACUUUAUCACUUGAUGAAGCUCCAGGUCAAACUGAAGACAAUGGGACAAGCUCUGAACAGAAUGAGGAGCAUGAGCAAAAGGUUUUUCAAUGCAUCUGUGGCAAAUCUUUUCGCACAAUGUCUGGCCUUGGGACACACCAGAGAUUCUGUUCAGAAGGAAAGCUGAAGGAGGGAAUUAAGCAUUCGUGUGUUUGCUCUGAAUGCGGGAAGACCUUCGUUAGAUCAAAAGCUCUGUUGACCCAUCAGCUCUGGCAUAAAAGACGAACACAACUUGUCUGCAAUGGCCAGCCAUAUAAAUGUACUGAGUGCGACAAGGACUUCACCUCACUUGCAUUCUACAAUAAGCACCAACGAUUGGCACACAGUAAAGAUCUCCCAGUAAAAGUUAUUAAACUCAAGAAGAAGGCUUUUGAGUGCGAGGAGUGUGGUCGUCAGUUCUCGCGAGCAUCUGCCCUGCAGUCGCAUCAGCUCUGUCAUACUGAUGUCUUCUGUGACACAGUAGAAGAGCAUGAGGCCGUAGAUGUCAAUCAUAUAGUUGUCCAGAUCACGGCUUCAGAUGAAUCCAGUCCUGAGUCCAGCAGUGAUCUCUCUCAGGACCAAAACUCUGAUCUUGAGUUAGUGUGUGAAUCAGACCACGAGGGAAAAGAUGGCUUGGGCUUCAACCCGAGUCAAACUGAAUGCACCUCCUCGCUGCAGUUGAAUCCAGAAAUCGAUGUCAAAAUUGUAAAGAUUGAUUAUGAGCACUUAAAUGAUGAACCGUUCAUAAAUGCAGAACUGAUAAGCAAAAUAAGUCCUCAAGAGGCAAAGUAUAAUUGUCCACAUUGUGAUCGAAAGUUUGUCAAGGCUUUGUCCUUGCGCUGUCACAUACUUUGGCACAAAGGGACCCUGGGAAAAAAAUCAUAUGGGAGGAAGAAGUUUGACAAGUUGAUGCCAACUAAGAGGCCCCAUAUAACAUGUGAAGUUUGCGGCCAUGAAAGUGCCUCCAAAAGUGCUCAUAACGUUCACAUGGGCCAGCAUGAGGAUAAAGUAGCAUAUAAGUCUAUUUCGUACCAACUUGCAAACCUGCAAAAGAACAAUAUUAAAUGUGAAGAGUGUGGCAAGACUUUUUCCCGACUGUCUGCAUUGCAUUCUCACCAACAACAUCACAAUAAUAGUAAAAAACCCUUUGCUUGCUUGGAGUGUGACAAGAGGUAUACAAAUGCAAAUGGUCUGUAUAAGCACAAGACAUUUUGCUCUGGCAGUGCCAAAGGUGAAAAGACUAAGCAAUUCAACCCAACCAAGUCACUCUUAGGCCCAAAAGUUCAUCACUGUAAAAAGUGUGGUAAAGGCUUUUGGUCUUUGGGGGCUUUCUUUCAUCACAUGCAAAACCACUUGGAGUGCGCAAAUGUUGAGAUGGGGCCUUCUGGUCCGCCAGACUCUUACCAAUGUCCUGACUGCAAAAAAAUUUUCUCCCAUGCCAUGGCCCUCCAGUUUCACAUGAAAAGUCAUGGCUUUGAGACUGGCCUUCCUUCAAUUGACACUUACUCAUUUGAGCAACCUCAGUGCCCAACAUGCUAUGAGAUUUUUGCAUCGAAGUCAAAACUACAAAAUCAUCAAAAGCAGUGUUCCCUACAGGACCAUGUGGAAUUUCCAGAAGAAUGUGGGAACGUUGGGAUAGAUGCAUCCUUGCAAAAAGCUGAAGAUGUUUGUGACUCUUCUCAUUCAGCUGAUUCUGAAAGAGAACAGAAAACAUCUUUAGAUUCCGAUAAGAAAUAUAAAUGUCAGCACUGUAGCAGAAGUUUUUCAGUAAUUGGUGCGCUUAAUUUUCACAAGCGAAUUCAUAGCAUAGGUGACCAAUCUAAAAAGCUGUAUUCCCACUCGGCAAAACAGUUAAAACUUGUCAAAGGAAAGUCAGAGACUUUUGCUUGUGCUGACUGCGGAAGAUAUUUUAGCUCCAAUUCGGCUCUAGGCACACAUAGGAGAUGGCACAAAGACAAAACAUUUGCCAGAUUUCUCUCAAAGACCAAUAAGAGCCGCUCAAGGAAAAAUGUGGACGAUGGACCUUAUUUAUGCAAAAUGUGCGGGAAAGGAUUCUUUUACCUUUGUGCUCUUCGCCGGCAUCAGCUACAUCACCCGCCCAUGGAGGCUCAACCCCAAAAAGAGCCUGAAGCUCCUGAAUCAAACAGUGUUUUUACCUGUCCAGAUUGUCAGAUGUCUUUUUCAAGUGGGUCUCUUCUAAUAACUCAUUUAGCAGAAGAUCACAGCAAGUCCACUGAGAAACUGCAGUCUGAAAUCCUCCAUACAGAUGAGUUGGUUACACCCAUCAAACAACCGCACACAUCCAAAACGAAUGUUACUAAACAAGAGAAGACUGUGGUGCUACCCUAUAAGUGCUCCAACUGCUAUAGGAGGUUCUUGAACAUACGCGGCCUUUCUUCACACAUAAGUCAGAAACACCGCAAUUUUGUCAAACAAACCGCUUGCUCUCUAGAAGAGAGCUUGGCAUAUAAGAAGCCCUUUGCUUCUGAAAGUACACUUCCUAAAAUGUUCACUGAGAAAACUUCUUUGGAGGAAGAACCUGUACAGCGUAGUCAAAACAUAGAACGUAGUUUUUUCAAAUGUGAUAAAUGUGCUGAAGCAUUUCCUAGUGAGGAGCAGUUAAACGCUCACAAAGAGGCGGCGAAGACUCGUCCGCACUGCUGCUCACUUUGCUGCCGCAGUUACUGGACUGCAAACCAGCUUCAGCAGCAUCUCGCGUGGCACAAUGAAGCACACCAGCAUCUCCCAACCGAAUUGCAAUACAGACCGAGUGCUUCCAUGACGCCUGGGCCUUCAGACAACCUGCAAGCUUUAUCACACAGAUCCGAGUCUUUGGUCAAGCUGCCUGUAGCCCUUGUAAGUCCACAACUCGGUAGCCAUAAAUGUCAACAAUGUGGAAAAACAUUCUUGUCACCUCGUGCUUUGCAGCAGCACCAGACUCUUCACAAAAACGCGGAGCCGUACCAUUGUUCUUUGUGUUCACAGACCUUUAGUGAUAUCAGAAGUCUUACUGACCACCAUCAGGAGUGCUUGGGUGACAAAGAGCUAAAAGACAGGGACUCUACUUCCGCAGUAAGAGGCGAGGUUAACCUAACUUGCAUUGAGUGUGGGAUAUUCUUCAAACAGGAAACAGAACUGCAUCAGCAUUAUAUUGAACAUGCACGUGGGCUCUAAAAUGUGUAAAUGAUGCAUGAAGCCGGACAUGGUUUACUGCUUGUUUGAUUCAAGAUUUUUGUUACCUGCUGUGAGUGUCCGUAUGCAAUAGAAGAACUGUAUGUCAUGAAAAUGAAAAUGCCAUGAUCCGCUUUUGCUAAAAUUGUGGUAGAGAGAAAGAUGUCUGCUAAAUUGAAAGCAUUAUCCCAGAUGCCCUUUAAACCAAAUAUAUUCUAAUUGCAUAAAAGUUGUACAUUUCUAUUGCUCCUUUUAAAAUCUCUUUAGAACUCUGCAAAGUGUUUCGGUGUAUUUUAGGGGAUCUUAAAGAUUUAUAUGCAUUCUCUCUUUUUUAUUUUAUUUUUUUUUACAUUGCCAUUGUUCCUUUAUUGACCUCACCAUUUUACAGCUUAAACCACAUUUAUGUGACAUUUAGGGUAGGUUCUUUUUUUUUUUUUUUUUUUUAACUUCAAUUAUUUCUUAAAUAUAAUGCUAUGUUCCUUGUAUAAAAUCCCUGAAAUCAUGUUAUUUGAGAUUAAAGGUCUUUGUCCGAAA